AUGCCUUUCGGUGAAGGGCCAAGAAUCUGUUUAGGUUUGAGAUUUGCGAAGAUGCAAGUGCUUUCUGGCCUGAUCACCGUAUUGAAAAAGUACCGUUUGGAGCUGGCGCCGGGUACGAAAAGAGAAGUGAAAUUGGAACCUAAAUCAUUUGUCACACACCCUGCUGGCGGGAUUCGAAUCAAGUUUAUUGAAAGAGAGGGAUGGGAAGAUCGAUCUUUUCGUUCUUUUAAAUCUAAAGGAAUGAGAUUCGCGAAAAUGCAAAUGACAGCUGGUCUGAUCACGUUACUGAAAAAAUACCGUUUGGAGUUGGCCGAGGGUAUGGAGACUGAAGUGGCGUUACAGCCCACAUCUAUUACCACACAACCGAUUGGAGGAAUAUAUCUCAAGCUCAUUGAAAGAGAUGGGUGGGAACAACGUAUACUGCAGGCCUCUACUUGA